GGACAGGAUUCCUCCUUCCCAGCCAGCGUGACUAACAGAGCGGAAAACAGCGGAUCAUAUUUCUAGUCGUUACCAGGAGUUAUUAAUUAUAAUGAUAACGGAGGAAAGAAGGAAAGGGGCAUAAAGAGAGAGAGAAACUCGCACAGAGCAGAAUGCAGAUUAAGUAAGGAAACCCUCUCUCGCUCUCUCUCUCUCCCCGCAUGCCCGUUCUGAGUGUUUGGGUUUGUCCAAAUGCGGAAGUUGCCGCCCAGAGAAUGCACUGAUAGCGAGAAGAUGCUGCUGACGAUGACAGCUGUAAGGCCCCGCUCCCUGACUGCGGGUUAAAGCCUCCUGAGCCCCGCUCCACGAUGGCCUCGCUGCCGGAGCGCCGGGCGUUCGCGCUCAAAAUCAACAGGCAUUCAUCUGCUGAAAUCCGCAAAAACUUCGGCGGGCUCGGCUAUGGCACCGCCCAGAGCGGCCCGCAUCACCGCAACAGCUCCAGCGUCUCGGCGUCCAUCUGUUUCAACGUCCCUCAGUCUUAUGACGCAGUGGAGCCCUUGGACGUGGAGGAAUUCCUGAUGACGCAGCUGCGCAGCGGAGAUGCCGAGCUCAUGCAGGAGCUGGGCGAGUUCCCUGAUGAUGACCUGGAGGUGGAUUUUAUGGACAGGGAAUGUCGAACUGCCUAUCAUUCUGUCCCUGAGGAUGAGGCGGAACUGGAUCCUCAUGUGAGAGACUGUGUGAAGAGUUACACUCAGCCUUGGCUAGUGGUCGGCAGGAGAUGCCAAGGGGAUGGAUGGACCGCAUACUCAGAGAGGACAGGGUUUCACAAAUUACUUCAGAAGCAAACGUUCGAGUCUGAUGUCCAACCUGAGAAACAGGAGCAACCGACGAAGUCUCCGUCAUUGGCAGUGUUGUGUGAUGACGACAGCUCUCGCAGCACUCUCACCUCUUCUGAUUUCGACCUCCGGGGGCUUCAGCCAGACCCUCGUAUAGACAACCUCCUGCAGUUCAGUAACCCCGACGACCUCGACCGCUUUAACCUCGAAGCCAGACAGAACAACCGCCACCCAGAAAUUUUCGCCCUCUAUCCUCCUACUGAUGAGGAAGAUGCAGUAGACAUUCGUCCCAUUCCUGACAGUCCAAAGGAGCACAUGGGCCACAGGAUCCUAGUGCGGUGCCAGAGCAUCAAGUUUGAAAUUGAGAUCGAGCCUGUGUUUGCCACCAUGGCCCUGUAUGACCUGAAAGAAAAGAAGAAAAUUUCAGAGAACUUCCACUUUGAUCUAAACACAGAUCAAAUGAAAGGAUUACUGCGCUCCCACAGCCCUCAUUCUGACAUCUCCACACUGGCAAGGGCUGCCAUUUUCUCCAUCUCCUACCCAUCUCCAGACAUCUACCUGGUCAUUAAGUUAGAGAAAGUCCUGCAGCAGGGGGAGAUUGGAGACUGUGCAGAACCUUACAUAGGAAUGACUGACAAUGCCAAGAACAAAGACAAGCUGGAGAAGCUUCGAAAUCAAGCAGAGAACUUCUGUCAGAGGUUGGGUCAGUACAGGAUGCCCUUUGCAUUCGGUACAGCCAACAUUAUGAAUGUUAUCAGCACGGCCACACUCGAUCGCGACACGACCGACUCGGAAAGCAUUAAUGGCAAAAACAGUAUGGAUAAGAAGGCAUACCUGCCCAGGCGUAACUCAGAGAAGUUCACUACAGUGGAAGACCAGUCCAACCUGUCCGGCUUCAAAUCUGCCGUCAUAACCAUUCAGACACUUUUCAAACAGGAAGGUGAGCGGCUCAGUGAUGAAGACUUAUUCAAGUUCCUGGCGGACAUCAAGAGGACGUCGACUAUUCAGCGACGUAUCAAGAUAAUACCAGGUUUUGUGAAGCUAGAGGUGUCCCAGGUGCCAGAUACAGUGAUGCCGUGUCUGUCUCCUGAGCUCAUCCCCAUUAAACCUGUAUCAGAGAAAAACCAGCGACCUGUGAAAGAAUUGCUCGAGUUUCCAUCCAACUAUGUCUACGUCCCUCACUGCAUAUACAGAAACCUGCUGUUUGUGUAUCCUCAGAGGCUUAACUUUAGCAACCGUCCAAACCCGUUGGUAACCGCCAAGAAUAUUACUAUAAAGAUCCAGUUUAUGAAUGGAGAAGAGGCGCUGCCUGUUAUAUUUGGGAAAUCAAGUGGCCCAGAGUUUCUAUCGGAGAUCUACACUUCAGUCACAUACCACAACAACUCGCCAGAUUUUUACGAAGAGGUGAAGAUCCGGCUGCCGGCUCGUCUGACCGAGAAACACCACCUGCUGUUCUCCAUCUUCCACAUCAGCUGCCAACAGAAGCAGAACCAGAGCGGCAGCGUGGAGAAUCUCAUCGGAUACUCAUGGUUACCCAUGCUCAAUAAUGAGAGGCUGCAGAUGGGAGCUUUCUGUUUGCCCAUUGUUCAAGAACGUCUUCCUGUGAACUACUUGCUGCAUUCUCCUGAGAAAUUGCCAAUCCAGGUUCCACCAGUCAAGUGGAUUGAUGGUCACAGAGGAAUUUUCAGCCUGGAAAUCCAGGCCGUGUCUUCUGUUCAUACACAGGAGAGUCACCUGGAGCGCUUCUUUACUCUGUGCCAUGCUCUGGAGGGGAAGGCUACAUUCCCGAUCCGCGUAGGGGACGACAAAGUGCCAGAAAACAAGCUGGAGCACGAGCUAAAGCUCAGCAUCAUCUCCCUUUCCUCCUCCGAACUGGAGCCACUUGUACUCUUUCUCCACCUGGUCCUGGACAAGCUGUUCCGUCUCAUCAUGCAGCCCAUGGUCAUCGCUGGCCAGACUGCAAAUCUGGCACAGAUAGCUUUUGAGUCAGUGGUGUCUGUAGUGAACAGCCUUCAUAACAGUCAGGAACUGGCCAAGGACCACCAAGGCAGGAACUGUCUCCUAGCAACCUACCUCUACUAUGUGUUCCGGUUGCCAGACACUCAGCUGGAAGUCAUUAACACAGGCGGACUGGUACAGGAGAGCAGGUACAGCACUAUGGGCCGAGCCACAGCCACAAGCGUAGGCAACAUGCUGUUUCAUUCCCGAGUCCGCUCCAGCAGCAACCCCGAUAUUCCUAAUCCACAGAGCCCUGAGGACGCCGAGGUGAAGAGCAUAAUGGUUGAGAAGGGAUUGAAUCAUCCCGGCAGCAGGAUGUCCACUUUUAUUGAUGUUACUAAUCGAUCUCAAAUUACCGCUGGUAGCUUUCGGCACACAAGCAGAAAGCAAUUUCAUGAAGAGCUGGCUCUUCAAAUGGUGGUGAGCACUGGCGUCUGCAGAGAGAACGUUUAUAAAUACGCCUGGUUCUUCUUCGAGCUGCUGGUGAAAAGCAUGGCUCAGCAUGUCUCUCAGAUGGACAAUGCAGUAUCUCGCAAAAAUCGCUUUUCUGACCGCUUCAAGGACGACAUUACCACCAUCGUCAACGUGGUGACGGCUGAAAUUGGCACUAUCCUGGUGAAACAGCAGAAGGAACAGGAGCAGGCUGAAAAGGUGAACAUUAGUCUGGCGUUCUUCAUCUAUGACCUGAUGUCUCUCAUGGACAGAGGCUUUGUCUUUAACCUGGUUAAAAACUACUGCAACCAGAUGUCCGCAAAGAGUGUGACCUUGUCGACUCUGAUCACCAUGAGGCUGGAGUUUUUGAGAGUCCUCUGCAGUCAUGAGCACUACCUGAACCUGAGCCUGUACUUCAGUAGCCCUUCAUCUGCUCCCACGUCCCCUUCCCCAUCUGUCACCUCACAGACCUCGAGUUCAUGUAGUCUGCCCGACCAGAAGAUUGCAGCCAUGUUUGAUCUGACUCUGGAGUUCAAGCAGCAGCACUACCUGACUGGCCUGCUGCUCACUGAACUGAGUGCGGCUCUCGAUAUGGAGUCCGAAGGAAGUAAGGUGCAGCGCAAAGCCAUAAAUGCCACAUAUAGCCUACUGUGUGCUCAUGAUUUGGACCCUCGGUGCUCACGGUUAGAAGUCAGGACUAGGAUUGCUGCUCUUUACCUCCCCCUGGUGGGGAUCAUCAUCGACUCCCUCAACUACCUCGACUUCACAGUUUCUGAGUCACGGGGCAACAAGACCAAGUCCAGCGGGCCAGAGGACGAGUUUGAUAAUGUCCCUCCUAUCAAUCAGUCUGUUGCCAUGGCAAUUGCAGGAAACCCGUUCAACACCCUGGCAAGAAAUGCACUGGUGUCCAUGGCCUCUGUGUCAGGUAGAAGCUGUAGCACGCUCUCUGCAGAGACCAGCCGUAAUCUGCUGGUGUGUUUCCUGUGGGUCAUGAAGACUGCAGACCAGGGCCUGAUCCAGCGUUGGAUAGUGGACAUCUCCCUGUCUCAGCUCAGUCGUCUCCUCGAGCUCCUCACCAUCUGCACGUCCUGUUUUGACUACAGGGGGAAACAGAGCUCAGAUAAAGUGAGCGUGCAGGCCCUACAGAAAUCUCAGCAGGCUAAAGCUCGUCUGGAAGAGGCACUACUGGGAGGCCUGGGAGCCAGAGGACAGAUGAUGAAGAGGGUGGGAGCUAACGACCGGACCGUGGGCCAGAGAGAGAACCUGCGCUGGAGGAAAGACCUCACACAGUGGCGCCAGACCAACGACAGACAGGACAAAUCUAAAGCUGAGUUGGACCAGGAAGCCAUAAUCAGUGGGAAUCUGGCCACCGAGGCCAACCUCAUAGUCUUGGACCUGCUGGAGAUCAUCGUGCAGGCUGUACCACUGGCAGACUAUAAGGAUAGUGCGGUUGGUGGGGUACUAAGGGUUCUGCUGCACUCACUAACGUGCAACCAGAGCACUGUGUUUCUAGCACACUGCUUCAGUACGAUCCGUGCUCUCGUCGUGAAGUUCGGGGACUUGUUGUUCGAGGAGGAGGCCGAGCAGUGUGCGGAUCUGUGCCAGAAAGUGCUUCAGUACUGCAGCAGCUGUGUGGACAGCAACAGGAACCAGGCCUGCGCUACACUCUACCUCAUCAUGAGAUACAGCUUUAGUUCCGCAAGUAAUUUCUCCAGAGUGAAGAUGCAGGUGACCAUGUCAUUGGCGUCUCUAGUAGGAAAGUCCUCGGACGUGCACGAGGAGUACCUGCGCCGCUCGUUCCGCACCAUCCUAGCCUACGCCGAGGAAGACGCGGAGAUGCAAUCCACACAGCUUCCUGGACAGGUGGAUGAACUCUUGAGGAAUCUAAACAGCAUCCUUUCAGAUACAGUCAAAAUGAAGGAGUUUCAAGAAGAUCCUGAAAUGCUCAUGGACCUUAUGUAUAGGAUCGCAAAGGGCUACCAGACGUCACCUGAUCUGCGUCUGACCUGGCUCCAGAACAUGGCUGAGAAGCAUAACGGCAAAAAGUGUUUCACCGAGUCAGCCAUGUGUCUGGUGCAUGCUGCUGCCCUGGUGGCUGAGUACCUCAGCAUGCUGGAGGACCACAAGUACCUGCCUGUGGGCAGCGUCACCUUCCAACACAUCUCCCCUAAUGUCCUGGAGGAGUCUGCGGUGUCCGAUGAUAUCCUGUCCCCAGAUGAGGACGGAGUUUGUUCAGGACGGUACUUCACAGAGACUGGUCUGGUGGGGCUUCUUGAGCAGGCUGCAGAACUCUUCAGCAACGGUGGAUUGUAUGAGGCGGUGAAUGAGGUGUAUAAAAUCAUCAUUCCUAUCCUGGAGGCUCAUAGAGAUUUCCGGAAACUGGCCACAACUCAUGACAAUCUGAAAAGAGCUUUUGAGAACGUCGUUCAGAAGGGUCAUAAGAGAAUGUUUGGGACGUAUUUCCGCGUGGCAUUUUUUGGCUCGAAGUUUGGAGAUCUUGACGAGCGUGAGUUUAUAUAUAAGGAGCCCGGAAUCACACACCUACCUGAGAUCUCCCACAGACUCGAAAAUUUUUACGGACAGUGUAUGGGAGACGGUGUUCUGGAAAUGAUUAAGGAUUCCACACCUGUAGACAGAAACAAACUCAAUCCCAAUAAGGCAUAUAUACAGAUCACGUUUGUGGAGCCCUACUUUGACGACUAUGAGAUGAAAGAUCGCAUGACCAACUUUGAGAAGAACUUCAACCUGCGCAGGUUCAUGUACACCACCCCGUUCACUAAGAGCGGACGGCCCCGGGGAGAGCUCAACGAGCAGUACAAAAGGAAGACUAUCCUCACCACACAGCAUGCUUUUCCUUACGUAAAGACGCGAAUCAAUGUCAUUCAGAAGGAGGAGUUUGACCUGACUCCGAUUGAGGUGGCUAUCGAAGACAUGCAGAACAAAACCCGCGAGCUGGCUAUCGCCACACACAAAGAGAAGCCUGACCCUAAGAUGCUGCAGAUGGUUUUGCAGGGCUCUGUAACAGCCACAGUUAACCAGGGACCAUUAGAGGUAGCCCAGGUCUUUUUGAAUGAAAUCCCAGCAGACCCCAAACUCUACCGUCAUCACAACAAACUGCGCCUGUGUUUCAAAGAGUUCAUCCUACGGUGUGGAGAAGCAGUGGAGAAGAACAAGCACCUGAUCACACCAGACCAGCGGGAGUAUCAGCAAGAGUUAAAGAAGAACUACAAUAAGCUGAGGGAGAACCUCAGGCCCAUGCUGGAGAGAAAGAUUCCUGAACUCUACAAGCCCAUCAUCAAACCCCGUCUGGACAACAGGGACUCGGUCAAAAGACACAGCUUCCGUCGAAUCCAGGAGGACGGUUCAUGAUGUCAUGAGAACAGCGCAGACGAGAGGAGAAGGUUCUCAGACAGAUAGAGUUUCACAGUGUAGAUUGAAAGAGCAACCCGAUGCCUUGAGCACGGUUUCAUGAACAAUAUUAAAUAUCAGUUUAUGUUCACAUUGUCAAAUGUUGACAUAUUUUAGGAUGCUGUUUUUGUUGUCCCUUACUCUUGAUUUGCUGUUGUCCUAAUACAUUUUUUUAGGUAUCAUUUUAGCUGAUAGGCUUUGGUAGUUUCUAAACACUCAGAGCCAAUAUAAGAGCAUGGCACACUUUCAAAUAAUCAAAUAAUCAUACUGUACAUAAUUACUGUUAUUUAACACCUACAGCACUGUAGACAAAAGACUAAACCACUUUGAGAAGUUAUUUGGUACAGAAAUUGAAUUUGAAUCAUGAUACAGUAAUGGGGGAAAAAGAAACUACAGUACACCCUCCUUUAAUUCUGCGGUUUUAAUUAUAACAUACAGAACCAGGUUUAGCAGCAAUAACCUAAUAGAAGUUGAUGAGGGCUAUCCGAUUGUUAUUUAGGUUAGUUUAUAUAAAAACAUAGAAUCAAAAGAGGAUUUUCUUUCUUUUUCCCAUGACUACAUAAAGGCAAGUUAUGUAUUAAAUACCUCAAACAGCGCAAAUAAACAUAUAGACAAAAAAAAAUCUACAUGAUAUACAGGUAUCUGCUGUCUAGUGCAGAAAGAACAUGAAUAAUAAAAGAGAUGCUUUCAGUGCAAACAGACUGUCCGCACUUUCAACAGAAUGAAGGGAGGCUAAACAGAGACAGCUUAUAUAACCCCAGGAAAGAAAGGUCUGUGACUUGUGUAAAGCCCUCAUGUAGGAAGACUUGAGCAUCCGCCAAGCCAUGCGUGUUCGGCUGCACGCUCAAUGCCUCACGUAGCAGAUGGGAAGAAUUUCUCAUGAUGGUUGAGACAUGAGCCAGUGAAAAGAAACGACUGGAAUUUUUAGUAUGCAUGACGCUACUCAGAAGUAGAAACUUAAGCUCGAUUUUAUCCGCAAUUCUUAAAUACCAUUGUGCAAGCCGUCUUUGUUUGCCUGAAUUGUGAUAAAAGAACUGCUUGUCUAUAUGAGAUUUAUACACUGCCCCUGGUUACAUUAGACAUGUGUUCAUUCUUUUUACAAUAUAAUAUAUAUUUUUAGCAGUGGAAUAUGAAAUAGAUGUAUAUAUGAUUUACUUUAUUUAUAGUAAGUUGUAGUUUUAAUUCUCACUGGUACGAGCAGCAUUUUCUAUAGCGUGCCAAUUCACAUGUUCACAUUAGCUUUUAAAAAAUAAGAUGAAGCAUUUGUUCACAAUUGUUUAAUUUGGAUGGAAUACCGAAUGAUUUCUUAUUUGUAUAUUUUCUGUAAUUUUAUUAACUAAGAUUUUUUGUUGUUGUUUUUUUCAUGCCAUUUCCAAAAUAUUUUUACAUAAGUCAUACAUAACACUGCAGAUUGCAGUUCAAUUUUUAUUUCUGAAAAGAACAUGUUUUGUUAUGAACAUCAUAAUUCUUUCUGUUACACAUGGCAAUCCUCCUAACACUGUGAGAUCUGUUUGGACUAUAGUGUCUUUCUCCAGCACAAUGUGGAUGUAAAUUUAUUUUUGUACCAUAAUAUUUCAAUGCUUGAAAUAAAAUUUAAAAAAUUAA